CCUGCUCGGCGGGGGUAAACAGCUGCAGCGCGAGGCGCUUUUCUGCCUCACAGACUCCGAGUCUGCCCCUUUUCUCUUUAUAACGGUGACAGCGGCUGAGUGACGAAGGACGGGUUCCUUUGGCUCGGCGCUUCCCCCGGAUCAUGCCCCACGACCCCGAUCCUCCUCCGGCGAAGAAGUUUAAGCCGGGCUCUCCUUUCUCCCGCCUCGAUAAGAAGCCUGGAAUGCUGCUGCCCAGGAAAGGAAACGCUGCGAUCCCCAUAGACGCUCAGAGGAAACAGCUCCCGAUCUACCAGGCCAAGUCUCAGCUCAUCAGUCAGCUAAGGCAGCUCCACAAUGCCGUCCUCAUAGGAGAGACGGGCUCUGGAAAAACCACGCAGAUUCCUCAGUACCUGUAUGAAGCUGGAAUUGGUCGGCAGGGCCUUAUCGCGGUCACUCAGCCUCGCCGUGUGGCCGCAAUAUCUCUGGCAGGGAGAGUGGCUCAGGAGAAGAACAGUACACUGGGAAAGCUGGUGGGCUACACUGUAAGAUUUGAAGAUGUGACGUCCUCUGAGACCAAGAUCAAGUUCAUGACUGAUGGCAUGCUGCUGAGAGAGGCGAUAGGAGACCCUCUGCUGCUGCGCUAUACUGUGGUGAUCUUGGACGAGGCUCAUGAGCGUACCAUCCACACGGACGUCCUCUUUGGCGUAGCGAAGAGCGCCCAGCGCAAACGCAGAGAGCAGAAUAAGAUUCCUCUGAAGAUCCUUGUGAUGUCUGCCACCAUGGAUGUGGACCUGUUCUCUCAGUAUUUCAAUAAGUCCCCUGUGCUGUACCUGGAGGGUAGGCAGCAUCCUAUUCAGGUCUACUAUACCAAGCAGCCCCAGUCUGAUUAUCUGCAGGCAGCGCUGGUCUCUAUCUUUCAGAUCCACCAGGAAGCUCCACUAUCUCAUGACAUUCUGGUGUUUAUGACGGGUCAGGAGGAAAUUGAGGCUCUGGCUCGUACUUGUCGGGACAUCGCCAAGCACCUGCCGGACACAUGUGGACCAAUGACUGUCAUCCCUCUGUACGCCUCACUACCUCCUGCCCAGCAGCUCAGGGUCUUUCAACCUGCGCCUAAGGGAUCUCGGAAAGUCAUUCUUUCAACGAACAUUGCAGAAACGUCCAUAACCAUCUCUGGUAUCAAAUUCGUCAUUGACACGGGGAUGGUGAAAGCCAAGCGUUAUAAUCCAGAUAGUGGUUUAGAGGUGUUGGCAGUGCAGCGGGUGUCUAAAGCACAGGCGUGGCAGCGGGCGGGCAGGGCAGGCAGAGAGGACUCGGGCUCCUGCUACCGUCUUUACACAGAGGAGGAGUUUGACAACCUAGUCAACAUGACUGUUCCAGAAAUACAAAGAUGUAACUUGGCUGGUGUUAUACUGCAGCUGCUGGCUCUGGGUGUUCCUGAUGUGCUAAAUUUUGAUUUCAUGUCCAAGCCUUCACCUGAGUCGAUGCGAAUGGCAGUGGAGCAGCUGGAUCUGCUGGGGGCUGUGGAGAGGAAGGAUGAUCAAGUCUCUCUCACUCCUCUGGGCAAGAAAAUGGCCUGCUUCCCCUUGGAGCCCCGCUUUGCAAAAACCAUCCUGAUCUCUCCAGAGUUCUCGUGCUCAGAGGAGGUUUUGACCAUCGUCUCUCUGCUGUCUGUGGACUCUGUGCUCUAUAACCCACCUGCCCGUAGAGACGAGGUACUCGCAGUGCGCAAGAAAUUCAUCUCCAGCGAGGGAGAUCAUAUGACCCUCCUCAGCAUCUACAGAGCCUUCAAGAAAGUCAGUGGGAAUAAGGAAUGGUGUAGAGAGAACUUUGUAAACAGCAGAAACAUGGGCUUGGUGGCUGAAGUCCGAGCUCAACUAAGAGAUAUUUGCAUAAAGCUUGGGCUGAAGCUGGAGUCCUCGCAGUCGGAGCUGGUGAACGUGCGGCGCUGCUUGGCCCAUGGCAUGUUCACCAACGCAGCUGAACUGCAGCCAGACGGCAGCUACAUGGCUCUAGACACCCACCAGCCCGUGUCCAUCCACCCAUCCUCUGUCCUGUUCCAGGCCAAGCCGGCCUACGUGGUCUUCAAUGAGCUCCUGCACACCUCUCGCUGCUACAUGAGGGACCUGUGUCUGGUGGACGCUGACUGGCUGCAUGAUGCCGCGCCAGAGUAUUUUCGGCGAAAGCUCCGCACAGUGAAGAGCUAGUGCUGUCAGGGGCCACCAGGGGGCGUUAGUGCUGCUACUGCUUGACUUCACAGGAAUGUUCACGUUGUUAUUCCAAACAGUUUAGUAGAUGUCACGAUAACGGCAAAGCUUUUUGUUCUUCCUUCACAAGCUUGUUGACACUGAAGCCCAAUGCUGCAGGUGGAAUUAGUGGACGCUUGUUUACAGACGGACAGUUGGUUGAUUGGAUGUGAAUGAACUGAAGAGUUUUGCUCUUUGUACAAAUGAGGGUAUGUUUGACUAUUUCUAUGGUCAAGCUUUUUUGAAACGAGUCAUUUCUACCUGGUACGAAUCUUUAAGAUGUCAUGCCCGUUUCUAAUGUUACUCUCCUGACAGUAGGAUAGGUUCAGUUGGAUGGACAUUAGGUGAGCUUGUUUUGUUAACUUUCCCAUUCACUGAGCUGUUUCUGGACACAAUUUGCCUAUACGCAAACACUGAGGCCUGUGUUGAUGGAAUGGAGCCUUAUCCUUUAUCUGUAUUCAGCAGUUUUUAUUAAUACUGACUUCACUGUCUUUUUCCACCCAUAAUUUAAAUGACUUGAAUGAAUGUUUGUGGAGUAGCGAAGGCCUUACUGCUAUAUCUCCUAUUCAAAGCCUAUUCACAACCUAUUUGCCCUACAUGAACACAGAUAGCAAGGCACACAGUUGUUGUGCAUUAUGAUUCAGGCCGUGCUGUUUUUAUACGAAGACUGUAUCAUAUUGACAUUGAAAUGUAGUCUCUGUCAAAGACCAUAGCUGAAUAAUUAGUGUCUCCUUAUUACCCACAAUGCUUAAUUGCUUUCAAAAGGACCAAUGUAACUCGCAUCUCAGUUUAGCAGGAAUAUUUUCUCAUAGUAGGUUGAAGAUAGUACAAGUGCUUUGUAUGCUUAAAAGAUCUAUCCUCUUGUGUAUCAAGGGGGCACAGCAAUUUCUGGUUUGCUUGGAAAGAAAUGAAGUUGCAAUAGCUGAUUCUGCCAUCAGAUUAAAGAAACCUCCAGAACCUCAUGGUGGUUAUACUGGGGUCAUUGCCAAUAAAUUCUCAGACUUCUAGCGCUGCGGUUGGCUUUCCUCUAGAUUUUGAUAGCCUGAAAAUGUCACAUAAGCAGUUGUGCUCAACAUCACCCUUGGUUAGCUAUGCAUGCCUUUCUGUAGUAUCUGUAUACUACUUGUGCCCAGACACUUAUUCUGCUUUGACACGAUUUAUGUUCCACAGGUUGUGGCGGAUCAUUGCACAUCACAUUGAAGUACUUCUAUAUUGAUAUGCUAUGCAUGACAUGAUGAACAGAAUAUGACCACUCAGGUUUCUAUGGUACGCUGAAUGUACCUCCAAAUAUAUUUAGUCUAGUUGUAGGGACUUUUUAAAAAAGUUUGGUUAUUGAAUAGUGCAUGUACAAGGCGCAUUCUUCUUACUUUCAAGUUUACUGUGUAGGUUCUGCAUCCAAAGUAUACAAAUAUGCUUGAAUUUUAAAAAUAGGUUUUUAUUAUUUAUUUUUACUUUUUUUCUUUAUGCAAGAAUGAUUCCUCUCACAAAUUUCAAGGUUUUUUUGGCGUUCUCUCAAAAGCUUGUGCUAAAAUUAGCUACCAAAUAUGUAUUCAGGCAAAAACUAACCAGCUACAUUAUUAAUGCAUUUUGACAUUUGAUGUCGCAAGUUCCUGAAUAAGGUGGUUUUUUUGUUUUGUUUUUUUUUUCUCCUCCCUUGUUCAGUUAUAAUGGGAUUUUCCACAUGUUCUUUUUAUGAGGAAGGUGGUUGUGAAGUAUAUAGAGUCACUUUUUGUUUUUUCUUUGAUUUGCUACAAGAUG